CAUUUUUCUUUUUAUUAAUUACUUUCUCUGUUCUUUAUUUUAGCAUAUUACAUAUUUAGCUUACUACAGUUAUGAAAAGCUUGAUAGAAUCCCUCUCUAGCCCACACAUCACAGCAUAUUUUCAACGCUUUUGUGGAGUUCAAUGGAGAUGUUCUGACCCUGAUGACCCAAUAUUUCCAGCAGAACUACUUCAAAACAAUGAUAUUAAAAAAAGUGAUGAGAUUAUACCUGAUGAUUACAUUAUAAAAAAUAAGAUGGUAUAUUAUGCAAUGCAGAUUGGAUCACACUUAGCUGGAGAACCAUUUUAUUACGCAUUUCUGCCUAUAUGUAGCUGGAUGAUCAAUGUUGGUGUAGCGAGAAAAACUUUGACAAAACUUGCAUUAGUGAUGUAUAUUGGGCAAAGUUCCAAGGAUAUACUGAGAGAAACUCGGCCAUCAUCUCCACCAGUUAUACGGUUAGAAGAAAUGUAUGUAACUGAAUAUGGAAUGCCAUCGACUCAUACAAUGGCUGGUACAGUUGCACCAUUCGCUUUAUAUGCAUUUUCAAGACAAAUAUAUCAGAUUCCUGAUCGAAAGUGCUUAAUAGCUGCUACUUUAUGGACAACACUGGUGGCAUCAAGUCGAAUUUAUCUUGGAAUGCAUAGCGUCUGGCAAGUAUUAGUUGGUGCACUUGGAGCUGGAGGCAUUUUAUAUUUUUCUAUUUCAACCGUCAAUUCAUUCGACGAAAAACUGGUUGAAAACAGUUUGUGGACUGCAGGAAUGACUGCUGCAAGUUGGCUACUCUCUGUGUUGAUUUUUCGUUUGGAUUCUGGUCUUGACCCAGAAACUGGUAAACCAAGGUGGAACACUGCAAGAGGAGAUCAGGCUGAAAUUAUGGGAUUUUGUACAGGUUUUUUGAUUGGAUCAAGAUGGAGCAUUCAUCAACACUUAUACGAGUAUCAUAAGCCUUAUAUAUUUGGUGAUAAAUUAUUACCAAUUCCUUCUUGUGAUUUGAAGAAUGCUCUGAUAAAAUUUGCGUUGGGUGGUUUAGCAACAAUCUCUCUUUCAGUAAUAUUUCGGAAAAUAUCCUUAAGAUUUUUUGCAUCUAUCAAAGGAGUUUCAAUAGAAGAUAAAACUCAGGCAAAAAGGCAUCCAAAGGUUGAACUAUUGUAUAAAUAUUCAACAAGCAUGUUUUCUGGAGUAGUGUGCACAACCAUUAUACCAUAUGUUUUAAAUGAACUAAAUUUAUGGCAAUAACGGUUCCAAUAAAACCGCUACGUUGAUUUUAUAUUAAAAAUAAACUAUCGAUAAAGUGCAAUAUAUAUUGAUUCAUGCCACAAGAGGAUGAUUGUUAAUUGAGGGUGCUCAUCGCAAUUAUAUUACUGAGUUCUAUGAAUUUUUUUUAAUUUUGCAGUAUUAUACUACGAUACAUUCAUUACCAACACGAUACCACUUAUAGUCUAAAGUUGCGUUAAUUCUUCAUAUUUAUAUAAUCCAAAUAUAAUUUUUAU